AUGGAGUCGCGAGUUAAGAGAAGAAGGACUACACAGCAUCCUUACAUCGAGUCCCCUAAUACCAGAUCUACUCAUGACGACCGUCCACGACCAAGAACAUCGAACAAUUUGCGUCUCAGUUCACAAGAGACAUUGAGGUCAAGGCCACCUACUUUUAAUAAUGCUGGGGACUAUCGAAUCAAUAGUGGGCUAUAUGAACAAUCCAUCGAUGACGAACUUGAACAGGUCAUAGUGGCAGUCGACAUGAGAGACUCAGGUACCGUCGGCUGUUCCUAUUAUUCUGCGCAGGAAGAGAAACUCUAUCUACUAGGCGACCUACGCCAUUCCAGUACAGAGAUAAUUGACAGCUUGGUCCUUCAGACUAAGCCUACAGUUCUCUUGAUCUCACCUCGGGUUGAUCCCAAUAACCUCCAGGAGAAACCAUGGGCUGAACAGGACAGUGACACGCAUUCCUACCUUCCCUACCAGCUCGAUAUACGCCCAUCGCAAGAAUUCAACUAUUCGAAUGCGAAAAACAAGUUAGUGGCUUUGGAGAUAUCCUCAAGACAUGAGCAGCGUAUCAAAUUCUUAGUGCCACAUAAUGGAUUGGUUGACGGGGAACAAUUAGAUGCCGAGAAUCUGGACCUCACAUUGCAAGAAGGCAAGCUUCUACAUAUGUCCGGCUCGAUCGAGAUGGAAAACACAGUGACUAUUGGAUGUGCCGGUGUUAUUCUUGCUUAUCUGCAAAGGCGUCGAGCUUCAAUGUCAACGACCAACAACAGGGCCCUGGGAGCGUUGCAAGUCUCUUCUGUGGAAAUUUUCAGUCUGAAGGGAACUAUGUUCGUCAAUGGCAGGACCCUACUGUCACUCCAAAUUAUGGAAUCCGAAUCUCAUCCUAGUAUGGUGAAUCAGGGGCCAGGAAGAAAAUCUUCCUCAUCAAAAGAAGGUCUCUCGGUUUAUGGCCUGUUUCAGCGCUUCUCAUAUACACCCCAGGGAAGAAACAGGUUAAAGCAGAUGUUUCUUCGCCCUAGUGUAGAAUCCGGUGUUAUACACGAGCGACAUUCUUUCAUCGGCGUAUAUCUCAGGGCCGACAACUAUAAUCCAUUGGACAAGAUGGUCAAAGGCUUAAAGCAUAUCAAGAACCUCCACUAUGUGAUGAUCAACCUUCGAAAGGGAAUCAGCACUGGAAGCGGGAAGAUUAUGGGGUUUAAGACAACAGUAUGGGCGACUUUACUGGCUUUUGCCUUUUAUGGGAUUGACAUUCAUGACGCCCUGAGGGAGACAGCAGGUGGAACUCUUCUGGCUCUGCAUAGCAAGGCACUCCGUGCCUUCGAAGCAGCUCAGUUAUACAAAGUCGACAUCGAUUGUUCAGAGGAGCAAGGCAGAGCCGUUGUGAAGCCAGGGAUAGACAGAGAACUGGAUCGGAUGAAAGACAGGUAUGACGGUUUAAACAGCCUUUUGAAACAGGUUGCGAUAGAAAUUGCGACGACUAUCCCAGAAAGCUACGACAUUGACGUGAAUGUAAUUUACUUCCCUCAACUAGGUUUCAACAUAGCGAUUCCACUCAACGAGGCCGGUGACGCUGCUUAUCGGGGUGCGGAAGAUGAUUGGGAUCUUAUGUUCCUUACAGAGAAUAGAGCAUACUUCAAGGAUUUCAGAAUGAAGGAGAUGGACGAUAAAUUGGGUGAUAUCUACGGGCUUAUAUGUGAGAAGGAGAUUGACAUUGUUUACGACCUCGCACAAAGAGUGCUCCAAUAUGAGAAAGUGCUUCUGGAAGCAUCGGAUAUAUGUGGACAAAUAGAUAGUCUUCUUGCAAUGGCCCAAGCUGCAAGCUUUUACAAGCUGGUACGUCCCAAGAUGGUGCAAGAAGAUGUUAUCAGAAUCAAGGGUGGCAGGCAUAUCCUGCAAGAACUUACAGUCUCGUCCUAUGUACCCAAUGAUGCCAUUCUUGUCAGCAGAAGGGUACAGAUGGAGGCAUCAGGACCUCUUCGUUCAGCUCCAGGAGCAAGCAAGAUUGAGUGUGAUCCGAGUAUGUUGCUGCUAACAGGGCCAAAUUAUUCUGGAAAGAGUGUAUACAUGAAGCAGGUUGCUCUUAUCGCCUACCUAGCACAGGUGGGAAGUUUCGUCCCAGCUGAAAGUGCAGAACUUGGGAUCAUCGACAAAAUCCUGGUCAAGUCUAAUACUCAAGACAGUGUCUCCCAGAUCCAGAGCACCUUCAUGAACGAUCUGCAACAAAUAUCCUUCGAUUUGAAGCAAAUAACAGGCCAUAGUCUGCUUCUAAUAGAUGAGUUCGGCAAAGGCACCAACGAGAACGACGGCAUCGGACUAGCAUGCGGAGUUCUUGAGCACCUCCUCAACCUUGAUAAUGCGCCCAAAGUCAUCGCUGUAACACAUUUCCAUGAAAUCCUCGAGAACGGAUUUCUCAAACCUAGGCCGCAAUUACAACUUGGCCAUAUGGAGGUUCGGGUGCGCGAAGAUCCCACCGAAACCGAAGACCAGAUCACCUAUCUCUAUAAUUUCCGUCUUGGACGAAGCGACCAAAGCUUCGGAACAAUAUGCGCUGCAAUGAACGGUAUCAGCCAGGCUAUUGUUGAUCGGGCAGACGAAAUCGCCUCACUUUCCGCUCGUGGUGAGAAUUUGAUUGCUGCUUGCGCUAUGCUCUCUGCUGAAGAGACGCAGGCUCUGGAAGAUGCGGACAAGUUGGCAAGGGAGUUUCUGUCGUUAGAUCUCUCUGGGGCUGAUAGGAUGAACUGCACAAGGGACAAGUUGGAGAAGCUGUUUGAUGGAGCCGAUAUGGAUGUUUAG